GCUGCUGUUGGGCUGCAGCUGCUCUGCUGACUGUGUGUGUGUGUGUCUGUGUCUGUCUGUGUCUGUCUGUGUGCCUGUGCCUUUUUAGCAACUAAAUGAACGUAACCGGAGGAUAAAGUGAAAGCUUACUCAGUUUUCCCAUAGUUUUCCCAUAGUUGCCGUUGCCCUUUCUUUUGUUUAAUAUGUUCGCUAAGUUAAGCUAACCGAGCUAGCUAACGUUAGCAUGCUACAGUGACUUCACCUACACACUGAGAAGAGGAGAGGAGGACUCUUACAAUGUAUCCUGAUGGCUUCAACAUCUACAACUGAUAAAGCAGCAUGGCGUGAAGGUGACAGCUGUCUGGCCCCUGACCCAAGAGAUGGCACCCUGCGAGAAUCCACCAUUAAGAGACUGACCUUCUCCUCUCAUAAUAAUAAUGAAACUACAGCAUGGGUGGUGUUCACUAACCAUGAUGAAGAUGCAGAAGAGGAUGAGGAAGAAACGGCGGAAGCUGUGCCUGUCUCAAAACUUAUGAGACCAGGUUUGAAUCACUGCACCCAGGAAAAACCCCUGUUUCCCGGCAGCGUCACAGACACCAGGCUGUGUGUCCCCUUAGAGCUGGGCCAUGUUGGUGGACACAGAGUCCCCUACACCAUCAACAGAUACCUGAGGGAUUACCAGAGAGAGGGAAUCAAGUUCAUUUACAACAAUUACAUCCGUUCCAGAGGUUGUAUCCUUGGGGACGACAUGGGCUUGGGAAAAACUGUACAGGUCAUUGGUUUCCUUGCUGCUGUAUUGCACAAAACAGGCACAUGGUGGGACAUCCAGAACAACAGGCCUCAGUUUCUGCAGAGUCAGAUGACCUCCUCCAAGCAAAGUAAACCAAACAAAGUGUUCCUCAUUGUGGCCCCACUGUCAGUGCUUUAUAACUGGAAAGAGGAACUGGACACGUGGGGUCACUUCCAGUGUGUGGUGGUCCACGGUCUGAAAAAAGAGGAGGAGUUGGCUCGCAUCAGGAAGGGACGCAUUGAGAUCGCUCUCACUACCUAUGAGACUCUGCGCCUUUGUCUGGAUCAGUUUAACAACAUAGACUGGUCAGCUGUGAUUGUGGAUGAGGCCCACAAGAUAAAAAAUCCUAACUCUCAGAUCACUCAGGCCAUGAAGAAUCUGACAUGUAAGAUCAGAGUCGGCCUGACUGGCACCAUCUUACAGAACAACCUUGAGGAGCUGUGGUGUGUCAUGGACUGGGCCAUACCUGGUUGUCUUGGCAACAUAGGACAUUUCAAGAACAAGUUUUCAGAUCCUAUUGAGCAUGGUCAGAAGCACAGUGCAACCAAACGUGCCCUAGCCACAGGGAGGAAGACUGUCAGAGCCCUUGUGAGGAAGAUUUACCACUUGUUCCUCAGAAGAACUAAAGCUCUUAUCAAGGAACAGCUGCCUAAGAAGGAUGACAGGGUGGUGUAUUGCACUCUGACAGACUUUCAGCGCAGUGUGUAUCAGGCGGUGCUGGACAGUGAUGAUGUGACGUUAUUGCUGAGGUCUUCAGAGAAAUGUGACUGUAAAAGUGGAAAAACCCGCGGAAGCUGCUGCUAUCAAAGAAACUCAAAAGGUGCAAAAAUUAAGACGCUCUACUUCAGUUACAUGGCCAUACUGAGGAAGGUUGCCAACCAUGUAGCACUGCUUCAGUCCACCGCAGGAACCAGCAAGAUGCAGGAAAGGUAUGUGGCUGCCAUUUGUGCAGAGGUAUUUCAGAAGUUUCCAGACUUUAUGCAGAGAUGCAAAGAUGAAGCAUUUGAGGCCUUGUCGGACCCGAUGUACAGUGGAAAGAUGAAGGUUUUACAGAAGCUGCUGAAAUACUACCUGCAAAGGAGAGAUAAAGUACUUCUUUUUUCCCUCUCAACUAAGCUGUUGAAUGUGCUGGAGAGCUACUGCAUGGCGGAGGGACUGGACUACAGCAGGCUGGAUGGGAACACCAAAUCGAAAGAGAGAGUCCAGAUCGUCAAAGAGUUCAACAACUCCUCUCACAUCAACCUCUGCCUGGUUUCCACCUUGGCGGGUGGUCUUGGUCUUAACUUUGUAGGGGCCAAUGUGGUAGUGCUCUUUGACCCCACGUGGAACCCAGCCAGUGACCUCCAAGCUAUUGACAGGGCAUAUCGUAUUGGCCAGUGCAGGGAUGUGACUGUUCUUAGGCUGAUCUCACUGGGGACUGUAGAGGAGGUUAUCUACCUCAGACAAGUUUACAAACAGCAAUUGCAGAGCUCUGUUGUGGGCAAGGAGAGUGCACGGCGGUAUUUUGAGGCAGUGAAUGGUGUCUAUAAGGGGGAGCUGUUUGGGUUAAGAAACCUCUUCAGGCUGCAGACCCAAGGGACUUGCCUCACCCGCAAGAUACUAGAGCGAGAAGGACAAGUGGAGGCUGGUGUAAUGACAAGCAGCACACACACAGGCGAGGAGAAGGAGGAGGAGGAGACGAAGGGAGUUAGCGCACCUGGAGAGUCUGCAGACGGCCCUGCUCCAAAGGAGCCUGCCAAGGAGUACAGAGAUGCAUCAAAGAUGGCCAUAGGCGUGUUGGACUUCAGCAGUGGGAGUGAAGAGGAUGAGGAGGUGAGGGGACUGAAGAGAAAGGUGUCAAACCUCAAUGCAGUGGAUGGCAGCAGGGGUGUGAAUGACACCACUGGUCCUGGUCGAAUGAGUCUCCUCCAGCACGGUUUCUCCAGGCUCUUCGAAAGGGUCAAAGGAAAACCAGAGUCAGCAGAAGGGGACAGCAGUACGGAUAUAGAAGAAAGCCCGUCCGAGGAAGGUGCUGAGGAUCAAAAGAUGGAGGGUACCUCCUCUGGCAUCCGCAAGAGCUCCAAUGCAGGAAAUGGUGCAGUCUGUCUCCCUAAGUUAGGAAAGAAAACCUGGGACUUCACCAGUGGUUCAGACAAAGAAGACAGGGAGAAGAAAGAUGGGGCAAGACCAGAGAGGGUUUCUCUCUUGAAGCAGAGCGAUGAUGCUGUAAGACAGAGACAGGACCUGAAAGGGUGGGUAGAUAAGAAAAUUGUAGAUGAGGAGAGUGAUGAAAAUUCCUCACCAGACAAAAAGAAACCUUACAAGCUUAAAACUCCAGUCCCAAAAGUGUCCCACUUUGAGGGUUACUCAGAUGAAUCUGAGGAUUUUGACUUAGAUGCAGAGACAUGGCCCAAGAGGGACGCUUUAAAUUCACACGGUGGAGGAGGUGACAGUGGGAGAGACUGCAAUAGAAAGAGGCAAAGUGCUAAAGCUAGGAGCAAGGCCAGAUCCAAACACACAGAAGACAAAGAGACAUUCACAUCUUCCGACGAGGAACACACUCCUGUUAAGAAAGCGAGAUCUACAGGAGCUGCAACGGCUGACACGACAAAGAGACAAGCAGGGAUGCCCAAAGCUGUUUCAUUUACAAGUCUUAAACGUCAGACAUCUUCAGCACCCAAAGGAAAGGAUGUAACCAUCGACAGCGUGCUAGGUGGUGUAAAUGAGGUGGUGUACACCCAUUCUAACCAGCGUGUGGUGGGAGGGAGCAAAGCAGAGCAGCGGAUCAGCAGAGCUGCUGUACGAGACGUGUUUGAGCGAAAGAUAAACUCUCAGCUGCCAGCCAAUCACCUUCUAGACAUCGACGAGAGCCUGUCACAGAGCCAACCAGACAGUGAGCUUUUCCCCUCGACUGUCACACUUGAGAAGCCCAGUGCGGACCAUCCCGUCACCUUCAGCAACAAGAUUGUGCUCCACAACAGACACACCACCAUCAUCAUUGGAGAGACUCCCCAAGCCAUAUGCAGGCAGCAGCUGGAGGAAAUGUCACAAACGUUCAAUUAUCCCUCAGUCCAGCAGUUUGCAAAAGAGAUUCUGAGUGGAAACUCAACCCACAGACUGGCCUGGCUUCGAAAGUAUUACACCUCACAGAACCACCCUGACCUAACCAGUACAGUCACAAACAACUUCCCACAACCUGAUUCAGCACAGGCCUCCUCCUCUUCAGCUGCUACUUCUUCAUCAUCCACCAAAACAGCCACAAAAUCUCGCACACAUACCAGAACCCCACAAAAGGAUGCUCCAAAAGCCAAGAGAAAGCCUAAGUACACUAAACGGAAUCCUGAAGCUAAAACUAAGCCCAAAACCCCACAAAACAAUGUUCCUGCGCCACAGACAAAGCCUAGAAAGCCACAAAGUGAUGCUCCAUCACCCCAGAGAAAGCAAAAGAUCCCACGAAGGAAUGUCCCAGAACCUCUAAGUGAUGUUCGGAGCCUUGAGUCAGAGGAGCAGGAGGAGACAGCCUGCGGUGCCAGAGGACCUAAGAGGACAAAGAGGGGUAGUGUUUCUAGUUCUGGAGCCUUCAGAGCUGGUGGUGGUCUUGGCUUGGAGCAGGCCAGCAGCAGUGGUCCGGGGUCUGGGGAGGCUGCUGCUUUCCUGAACCGCGCAGACAGAGAUAUCCCUUCUUCUCCGGACCUCAGCCAUGGCAGGUCCACCGCGUUAUCCAAACCCACAGCACAGGGAAGGGAGCAGGAGCGGGAGCAAAAAUUGUCUUCCAGGACCAGCGAGACUUUUCAAGGUCAGAGAGAAAAUCCCCAGACCCCUUCCCUUCCUGCGCGGGGCACGUCCACCUCCACCUCCAGUCACCAUUCCCUCCUCACAGAUCUGAUAGGAGACACCUCGAUUCUUGACGAUUUGUUAAAACCCAAACCCAGGGGUGCACAACAGAGGGACACCCCAAAAACACCCCCUGCACCCUCCUCUGUUUCAGUAAGCACGUGUGUCACUUCACCGUCUCCAUCCAGAGUAACUGUCAGGACUGAUUCUCCUUCAGCAGGCUGCAUAGACUCUCUGACCUCUCCAAAGUCGAACAAACCACCUUCACAGCCGGUGGUGUCAAAGAGCAGUCGCAGAGACUUCUGGGACAUCCUGAAUGAGGGUAACCAGGAGAGCAUCAACAGGUUAACAGACCCGGCGGAAGUGCAGCGGGUUUGCAUCACCGCUAAGUUUGCAGCGAGAGGUAGAUCUAAAGAAGAGGAGAGCAAAAAUCUCUGGAAGACUAAUGACAAGUUCCUGUGGAAGAAAUAAUACAGGAGAGACAAUUUUUAUUUUAGUUUAUUUUUCUAUUUUACACCUUUUACUUUCGCAGUUUUAAGGAAGAUGGUUAAAAAAGACCUGAAUGGAGAUUUAAAGCAGGUUUUCUUGCUGCAGAUAUCUAUUAUUUUUUAAAAGUUUGUACCUUUUUAGAAUAUUUUAUUACUGUAGUUAUUUAAAAAUAUUUAGUGUUUACUGAAUAAUUGGGUUACUAGCAUAACUGUUACUUAAUAAACAGGGUGUUAAUCACUCUGGGAAUUUAAACCUUUGUAUAUUUUAUGGACGUCAUUGCAUCGUUUAUUGCUUUAUUUCUCUUUUUUUCUUUGACCUAACACACAGUCCACGAGGGAGCAGUCUAAUACAGUAGUUCCCAACUGGUUCAGUCUCAGGGUCCAGAUUUCUUCUCAGUCAUUAGUUUAAGGUCCACAUGUUUUAAUAUUUUCAUUGUCAUGCUUGCGUUUGGCCAUGUCGUUGAGCUAGUUUGCU